AUGUCCGGACUUGACGUGGAGGCUCUUCUUGAGUCAACCGCCGCCACUGUUGAAGCAACCCCCAAGCAGGAUGACCAUGAUGAUCGCUCCCGAGCUGAUAACUCUGAACGUCGCGACCGUGACCGUUCCCGUGAUAGACGCCGCCGCCGCGAACGCAGCCGUGAUCGUCGCCGCGACCGAGAUGUGGAGGGCGAUGAGGAGAUGAAAAGCCCGCCCAGCGAGCAUGGCAGUGCUAACGGUAGCCAUAGAAGCCGGAAGAGAAGCCGGAGCCGUGAAAGUGAGAGACGUCGCCCUCGUCGCGAUCGCGAUCGCUUUGACGACCAUCGCUCUAGUGGCGACUUUUACCGUGGUGGAGGACGCGCUCACAGCCGUUCGCGCUCCCCUCAUGAUGAUAGACAUUACCGCCCCUCCCGUCGCGAGCGUGAUGAUGACCGACGUCCUCCUCGCCGUGAGCGCGAUGCUCGUCGCCAAACCCCCCGUCGCAGCCCUAGCAAGUCCCCCGAACUUAAUGAAGAUGAGCGGGACAAGCGAACAAUUUUCGUACAGCAACUGGCAGCUCGUCUGCGAACUAAAGAGCUGAUGGCCUUCUUUGAAAAGGUUGGCCCCGUCAAGGAGGCCCAAAUCGUUAAGGACCGCGUCAGCGGACGAUCUAAAGGUGUCGGUUAUGUUGAAUUCAAGAGCGAAGAAUCCGUACCCGCUGCCAUUCAACUCACCGGCCAGAAACUUCUAGGCAUCCCUAUCAUCGCUCAAUUGACCGAGGCGGAGAAGAAUCGCCAGGCCCGCAAUCCCGAGGCCAGUUCAGGCCCUCAGCACUCGGCACCAUUUCACAGACUCUAUGUGGGUAAUGUUCAUUUCAGCAUCACUGAAACCGACCUCCAGAAUGUCUUCGAACCGUUCGGCGAACUUGAGUUUGUACAGCUCCAGAAGGACGAGACUGGUCGCAGCAAAGGUUACGCUUUUGUCCAGUUCCGUGAUCCCAAUCAGGCUCGUGAGGCCUUGGAGAAAAUGAACGGGUUUGAUCUUGCUGGUAGAGCCAUUCGCGUUGGCCUUGGCAACGAUAAGUUCACCCCGGAUUCAAGCUCCACUCGUCCCCAGGGCUCCUCUGCAAGUCAACCCAGUUUCCAGGGCUCUUCCUUUUCCGGCCACGGAGGCCGCGGUGUUCAAGCCGGUGGCUCCAACAACUUUGACCGUGCCGGUGGUCGCGAAUCCGAGAAAGGCACCGGCGCUAGUGCCCUAGACGAUACAGAUGUGGCGGGUGUAAACUUCAACAAUUACAGUAGAGAUGCGUUGAUGAGGAAACUUGCCCGAACAGAUGAACCCGAGCCUUCUGCCGACGAGCAGCAGAAGAUCCUCCGACCCAAGACCGAGACUAAGCCCCUGCCUGUCAAUGUGAACAUGGCUAGUCGAUGUGUAAUGCUUCGUAACAUGUUUGACGCCUCCGAAGAGGAAGGCGAAGCCUGGAUCAAGGAGCUGGAAGAUGACGUUCGCUCGGAGUGCGAGGAAAAAUAUGGUCACGUUGUUCACAUCUCACUAGAUCCAAGCUCUCAGGGCGACAUUUACCUGAAGUUCGACCGUGUCCAGGGCGGCGAGAACGCCAUCAAAGGAUUGAACGGACGUUUCUUCGGCGGCAAGCAGAUCACUGCCCAGCCCGUUGUGGAUGCCGUCUACAGCAGUUUGUUUUCGCGUACCAAGGCCAUUUAA